AUGAACCUCCGCGCCAUCCUCACGGCCCUGUCGCUAGACGUGCUCGUCGCCUCUGCUGCCGGCGUUCCAGCCACAGCUACGGCUCUAACAAACACUCUGCAUAUAAUGAUGGCUUUAUCCUCGUUAACAGCGAACUCUGCAAUUGAUAUCUUUACUUGGACAGCGGAUCACUUCUUACCGGAUGUCUACGGCGGAUUUGAGUUGAUCACCACCGCCGCGGAGAACGAGGUUGUGGUACUUUCAAACUCGCAGGAAGCGGUCGCAGGAGCGAUAAAUGAAAGUAUGCAAAAGGAGAUCUGUGAGAUGUAUCGCGCUUUCGCCGAUGUCCAUCGAAUUCUCUUGGGGGUCAUAAUUGGAAAGAAAGACAUUCUCGCCAUGGUCUUGUCGAAUGCUACUGCUGCGCCCCCAGACGUCCUACCAACUAUUGAGGACCGCUUGAAUGAAUGCAGCAAAGCCAUUGCGUCAUUGACUCAGUUGACUCUUCCCCUGGUUCCGAUCUGCGUGGGUGGUAUUUUGGAUGAUCAAAGACGCUAUAAUGAGCUUACCGAGGAAUUAAAGUUGGUUCUCCAUUAG